GAAAACUUUAUGAAUUUCGGUUGCUUUUCUUUAUGGCUACUAUUAUUAUAUUUUUGAAUGAGUUGUGUUUUCUUCUUUAACCCUUUUUCUCAUUAUCAGUUUAUUCCUCUCUCUCCUUUUUUUUUUGGAUCUGGGUUUUUCAAGAGUUAAUUGUAUUUUUGUUUGUUGGGAUGGCUAUGGAUGACAAUUUCCAUAGGCAAGGACUAGGGGCACAUGCACCUCCUGGUUAUUUUGUACGCUUGGAGAACGGAAGGGCUAAAGACGAUCUUUAUUUAAGUAAGAGACUAAGGAUGAGAAGGUGGUUCUGUUGCACCUGCAAAGUAGAGGAGUCUGACCCAUCACAUGAAAACGAGCUCCAGAAAAGCCCUAAGAACAAUGCUGAUGGAUAUCAGAAAGGGACAAAAGCAUCAGUCCCUGCGAAGGUUGAAGUGCAAAAAGCAAUACCAACUAUAGAGGUCCCUGCAUUAUCUUUCGAUGAACUAAAAGAGGAAACUGACAAUUUUGGAUCGAAGGCAUUAAUUGGUGAAGGAUCUUAUGGAAGAGUAUACUAUGCCAAUCUAAACAAUGGCAAAGCCGUGGCUGUGAAAAAGCUUGAUGUUUCAUCUGAGCCUGAGACUAAUGUUGACUUCCUGCGCCAGGUCUCUAUGGUUUCAAGAUUGAAGCAUGAAAAUCUGGUGGAGUUGCUUGGUUACUGUGUGGAAGGGAACCUUCGUGUAUUAGCUUACGAGUUCGCGACGAUGGGUUCCUUGCAUGAUGUUCUGCAUGGCAGGAAAGGAGUACAAGGGGCACAACCUGGACCCACACUUGAUUGGAUGCAACGUGUAAAAAUUGCUGUUGAUGCUGCAAGGGGCCUUGAGUAUUUGCAUGAGAAGGUCCAGCCUCCAAUAAUACAUAGGGAUAUUAGAUCAAGCAAUGUCCUCCUCUUUGAAGACUACAAAGCAAAAAUUGCUGAUUUUAAUCUGUCAAAUCAGUCUCCUGACAUGGCUGCUCGUCUUCAUUCUACACGAGUUUUGGGAACAUUUGGUUAUCAUGCACCAGAAUACGCAAUGACAGGACAAUUGACACAAAAGAGCGAUGUGUAUAGCUUUGGGGUGGUUCUUCUUGAACUUUUGACGGGAAGAAAACCUGUAGAUCACACCAUGCCUCGUGGACAACAGAGCUUGGUUACUUGGGCUACUCCGAGACUAAGUGAAGAUAAGGUUAAGCAAUGCAUCGAUCCAAAGCUGAAAGAAGUUCCUGGAAAAGGAGUUGCUAAGUUGGCGGCUGUUGCAGCACUGUGCGUACAAUAUGAGGCUGAGUUCCGUCCUAAUAUGAGUAUUGUUGUCAAAGCUCUUCAACCACUGUUAAAGGCACCUGCUCCUGCUCCUGCUCCUGCUCCUGAGUCAUAGGGGCUGUAGUUUCAUUUGCACAUUUCAUAUACACUUUGAGUUUGAUCAUGCGAGAAUUUCUUUUCAAGUGGAUAAAGAUCAUUUUUUCAUUUUUCCCCCCUCUUGUCUCUGGUUUGUUGCCUGUCAUGUUAAAUUAUGGGAGUGCUUUCGAGGUUUACUCUAAAACUGGGUUUCGGUUAUUUCUUGGUUUUUUCUUUUCUUUACUUUUGUGGUCUAUCCCCGUAUCAAUUUGUGUAUCAUAAUUUAUUUUAUGGAUUGAAUGAUGAACAUCUAGUUUGAUGUCAAGGUUAGUGUCCGUUUUCUGUA